UGGUCACAACCAGUAGGUCCUGUAACACACACCAGCCCAUCCCAGCUCGUACAGAUCAACCACGUGAGGGCUUGAGGAAUUUUUAAUGAAUGAAAAUUAACACCCCAGAACUUUUGAAAAGCCCAGACACUGGAGUGUUGUAGGUGUUGUAGCCACUCGAGGCCGGUAGGGGCCAGCAGAUGGCCCCUCUCCCCUGCCUCCCUGCUUCAUGUGACACUGAUCUGUCACAGUGGCUCACCAGCACCGACAAGUCUGAAGGCUUUCCCCCCCUGGUUCACUCUGAUAACAUGUCUGUGUACAGGAAUGCCAUCUGGUUUCUGAACGGAGUCCACCACUACACAAGGAAGGGGUAUGAGGCAGCUUCCAAGGACUUCCAGCCCCAGCAGCUGGACGUGUCUGUUGUGGGACGGUCCUUCAUGGUCACCGGAGCCAACAGUGGGAUCGGCAGAGCGACAGCCAUGGCAAUAGCCAAGAGAGGUGGGACCGUGCACAUGGUGUGCAGGAACAAACAGAAAGCAGAGGAGGCCAGGUUGGACAUCGUCAAUGAGUCUGGGAAUACGGAGGUACACAUCCAUGUUGUGGACAUGUCAGAGACACACAAAGUGUGGGCGUUUGCAGAGGCCUUCAAGAAGCAGUAUUCAUCAUUGAACGUGUUGAUCAAUAACGCAGGCUGCAUGAUGCACAAGAGAGAGGUAAACGCUGAGGGACUGGAGAAGAACUUUGCCACCAACACUAUGGGGGUUUACAUCCUCACCCAGAGCCUCAUACCACUUCUGCAGAAGAGCCGGGACCCAAGAGUGAUCACUGUGUCCUCGGGAGGCAUGUUGGUCCAGAAGCUCCGAGCGGAUGACUUGCAGUCAGAGAGGGGAUCCUUUGAUGGCGUCAUGGUCUACUCGCAGAAUAAGAGACAGCAGGUGGUGCUGACACAACAGUGGGCCAAAGCCAACCCCACCAUUCACUUCUCUGUGAUGCACCCAGGCUGGGUGGAUACACCAGCUGUUUCCAUGUCAAUGCCUCAGUUCCACCAGAUGAUGGGGCAGAGGCUGCGCAGCGUGGAGCAAGGAGCGGACACUGUUGUAUGGUUGGCCUUGUCUCGAGCUGCAGCCAGAACAUGCAGCGGGCUGCUCUUUCAAGAUCGCAAACCAAUCGCUGCCCACCUGCCUCUGGCCUGGACUCACAGUUCUCCUGAGGACGUUCAGAGUUUCAUGACUCAGCUGGAGACUCUGGCCAGAGCUGCUCAGUCCCAACCAGAUCCAGAGCCUCAGCUCCCUGACAGUUCCCUGAACCCCUCCACAAUUACCACUCCUCAAGCCGUCUGAAUUCAACUGCAUCUGUUGCACUAUAUCACAAACAAUUAUUACUAACAAUAAGAUCAGAUACUGGAAAAUGUGACAUUUAUCGUGUUUAGUUCAAUGUACUUUCUAAUUAUGCUUCAAUUAUGUUCACACUACAGACAGGUGGCUCAGUGUCCCCUGAUUUGAACCGUGUUAACUGCUCUGUAUUAGCACUUAAAGUCAUAGAUUAUUGAUUUAAUCAGUAAUUGCUUGGAAUU